AUGGCUGGAGUCAAACGCAGGCCGAUACGGAUCGAGCAUCUUAUGCCAACGCACGCACUGCUCGGUAGUAUUGCGGAUGAGCAUCCCGACGCACCUAUACUCCUUCCUGAACCUAUUCAGCGUGCUAUGGACCUUAAACCUCACCUCCGCCAUCCUCCCCGGCCUCUGCCUCGGCUCCUUCCAUCGAACCACCCGCUCCGCGACACACCCGCACGCCUCGCCCACCGCAUCUGCACACGCACCCAACAAUUCAUUGCAGCCGAGGCUGAGCAGGUAGAAGAAGGUCUCCGUCGCCUCGGGGCUAUCGCUUCGCCGAUCAACGCGCGCACGCGCGAUGGGAGCGGGGGCCGAGCUCUUCUGGGUCAUAGCGACGACAAUGAGGACAACAUGCUCGAGAUGUGCAUGGCGUCGUCCCACUGGCACUCGCACACGUUCGUCGCUCGCGCGCAGCCGCGCAAGUGCAGCGUCAGUGGCACAAGGGGCAUGGCUGAAGUGUAG